GGGGAUUUGGGGGUACAGGGAUGGUUUGGGGGGGCUGGGGGGGGUUUGGGGUGCUCUCAUCUCCCUCUGCAGGCCGUGCUGCACAAAACUGGAGCAGUGGCAGCAGCGGCUGCGGCCCCCCCCCAAGGCCCAGCCUGCCCUGGAGGAGUCCAAGUCAUUUGCCGUGGGGAUGUUCCUGGGGCGGUUGAACACGGAGCAGGUCUUCCCGUACCCCUCAGUGCUGAGCGAGGAGCAGGAGCAGACGCUGCAGGAGCUGGUGGGACCCGUCACCCGCUUUUUGAGGUGCAAAGAGGGGAUUUUGGGGGAGGUGAACAACCCGGCCCGUAAUGACGAGCUGGAGCGGGUGGAGGAUGCGACGAUGCAGGGGCUGAAGGAGAUGGGGGCCUUCGGGCUGCAGGUGCCCCCCGAAAUGGGGGGGCUGGGGCUCUCCAACACCCAGUAUGCCCGGCUGGUGGAGAUCGUGGGCCAGCACGACCUGGGAGUGGGCAUCACGCUGGGAGCCCACCAGUCCAUCGGCUUCAAGGGGCUGCUACUCUACGGGACCCCCGCCCAGAAGAAGAAAUACCUGCCCCGCCUGGCCACCGGGGAGACGGUGGCGGCUUUUUGCCUGACGGAGCCGGGCAGCGGCUCGGACGCCGCCUCCAUCCGGACACGGGCACAGCCCAGCCCCUGCGGCACCUUCUACACCCUGGACGGCAGCAAGAUCUGGAUCAGCAACGGGGGCCUGGCCGAGAUCUUCACGGUGUUCGCCAAGACACCACUGCGGGACGAGGGGACGGGGGAGACAAAGGAGAAGAUAACGGCAUUCAUCGUGGAGCGCGGCUUCGGGGGGGUCACCCACGGUGCCCCCGAGAAGAAGAUGGGGAUCCGGGCCUCCAACACGGCGGAGGUUCACUUUGAGGGGGUGCGGGUCCCGGCUGAGAACGUCCUGGGGGUGCCCGGGGGGGGCUUCAAGGUGGCCAUGAACAUCCUCAACAACGGCCGCUUCGGGAUGGCUGCCGCCAUGGCUGGCACCAUGCGGGGGGUCCUGGCCAAGGCCGUGGAACAUGCUGCCAACCGCACCCAGUUUGGGGACAAGAUCCACAAUUUUGGGGCCAUCCAGGAGAAACUGGCACGGAUGGCACUGCUGCAGUACGUCACCGAGUCCAUGGCGUACAUGAUCAGCGCCAACAUGGACCAGGGAGCCACUGACUUCCAGAUUGAGGCGGCCAUCAGCAAGAUUUUCGGCUCGGAGGCAGCUUGGACCGUGACGGAUGAGUGCAUCCAGGUGAUGGGAGGGAUGGGCUUCAUGCAGGAGAGCGGUGUCGAGCGGGUGCUGCGGGACCUGCGCAUCUUCCGCAUCUUUGAGGGCACUAAUGACAUCCUGCGUCUCUUUGUCGCCCUCAACGGCUUCCAGACUUUGGGGGUACAGCUCCGGGGGCUGCAGAAGGCCCUGAAGAACCCCCUGGGCAACGUGGGGGUCCUGGCUGGAGAGGUCACCCGUCGCCUCCGCAGGAAAGCUGGGCUGGGCUCGGGGCUCUCCCUGCAGGACCAUGUGCACCCCGACUUGCAGGAGAGUGCCCAGAAGACCCUGCAGUGCCUGGAGCUCUUUGCUGAGACGGCCGACGCGCUGCUGCUGAAGCACGGCAAGAAGAUUGUGGAUGAACAGUUUGUGCUGAAGCGUGUGGCUGACAGCGCCAUCGACAUCUACGCCAUGGCCGUCGUCCUCUCCAGGGCGUCACGGUCCCUGGCCACGGAGCACCCCACGGCACAGCACGAGCGGCUCCUCUGCGACACCUGGUGCCAGGAGGCCCACCAGCGGGUUUUGGCGACGCUGCGGCCGCUGCCCACCGAGAACUUCCGCAACCUACGGGUCAUUGCCCGGGCCGUGGUGGAGAGUGGGGGGGUCGUCGGGCCCACCCCCCUUGGCUUCUGACACCCGCACCCCCUGGGACCUCAACCCCCAAUCCCGGACCCCCCAAUCUGGUCCUGGACUCCCCCAACCCCCUCCCAGAGCCCCCAGCUGGAGCCUGGACCCCCCCCCCAGGUGGACCCAAAAAUCACCCCCUUAUGCCCCCCCCAACCCCAUCACCUUCCCCCCUCCCAACUCCCUCUACUGCCUUAACCCUGCCCCCCCCAGGGCAGGACAUCUCAAUCCCCCCCCUUUUUUUGGGGGGGGCACAGCUUUACUCCCCCUUGGGAGGGCAGGAGCAUUGACACUUCUGGGGGGGGCUUUAGGCCAUCCCCCAAAUCCAUCAUGGGAGUUUGGGGUGCCUUAAGGAAAGGCUGUUUCAAGGUUCCCCCUGCCUGUGCUGGUGGCGGUUUCGGAGACCCCCCCCAGAGGGUCUGGGGAUGCCCAGUACCACUGGGGGGGGGCUGAGCAGCCUGGGGGGGUUCCCCCUGCUUUGAGGGUGUCCUGCCCACUUGGGGGGGGGGGUCUCCCUGCUUUGGAGGGGCUCCCCUUGCUUGGGGGGGCCCCCUCUGUUGUGUGCCUAAUUAAUUGCAGCUGCUUAAUAAAGGGUGACUGUGAGA